AUGUCACCUACAAAUUUUAUUUUUUCCACAGAUUACAUUUCACCAGAAGUACAAGCAGCGUUACCAAAAGGAUACACUAUUCGUCCUUUAGCUAGUGAUGACUAUGAAAGAGGAUUCCUUGAGGUGUUGAAAGUUCUCACAACUGUUGGUGACAUUUCAAAAGAUCAAUUCCUUGAACGAUUUUAUUUUUUGAAAACGCACAAUUAUGAAUACUUUACACUUGUCAUUGUUUCACCCGAAGAUCGAAUUGUUGGAGCUGGAACAAUAUUUGUAGAACGUAAAUUUAUUCGUAACACAGGAUUGGUCGGACAUAUUGAAGACAUUGCAGUUGAUAAGAAUCAACAGGGGAAAAAACUUGGAUUAAGAAUAAUUCAAGCUCUUAAAUAUAUUGGAGCAAAGGCAGGAUGUUAUAAAGUGAUAUUGGAUUGUUCUGAAAAGGUUGUAAGGUGGGCAGCAUUGGUAUUUGGAAUAACUUAUGGAUUUGUGCAUCAUAGAUCAUUAGCACAUGCCGAAGCUAAGAAUAAAGCAAUAGCGAAUUAUAAACAUAAAGAAGAAUUGAUUUCUAAAGCAAAAGCUGCAUACGCUGCUAAGCUUGCAGAAAAAAGUUCAAAAGAAGUUAUAACGAAUCCAGAUGAUCCCAACUUUGAUUUAGAAAAACUUUUGGUUGUAAGGUGGGCAGCAUUGGUAUUUGGAAUAACUUAUGGAUUUGUGCAUCAUAGAUCAUUAGCACAUGCCGAAGCUAAGAAUAAAGCAAUAGCGAAUUAUAAACAUAAAGAAGAAUUGAUUUCUAAAGCAAAAGCUGCAUACGCUGCUAAGCUUGCAGAAAAAAGUUCAAAAGAAGUUAUAACGAAUCCAGAUGAUCCCAACUUUGAUUUAGAAAAACUUUUGGUUCAUUAUGGAAGCAAAGAAAACCAUUAA